CUUUCUGGGCGGUGGUCUACUACCUGAGGCAGUCCAGCUGGGAGUUGUAGUCCCAUCAGCCGCCCUGCAGUCACAGGCUGAAGACACAGUGACUGUCACAUGACGGAGGCACCUACACAGCAGGGGACACUUCCUGGUGAUUUCUUCUUGAACUGGGGAUGUGCUGAGGCUCACACUCUAGCGGGUCACACAGAGCAGGACUGCGGGUGACACUCAGGUGGUCCCUGUGGCUGGCGGGUGAGGACGUGUACCGGUCACUGUACACACGGUGCGUGUUUCCUGCGUGCGGAGUGACGGACUAUGGAUGAGCGGAGCCCGCUGGUCACCUACAAGCUCAGCCUGUCCACGGAGGAGCGCGGCAGCCGGAAUGUCCCGUCCCGGGGCAGCGGGCAGCGCGCGGGCACCCCAAAACUCUCCACCUUCCUGGGGGUGGUGGUGCCCACCCUGCUGGCUAUGUUCAGUGUGGUGCUCUUCCUCAGGAUAGGAUUUGUCGUGGGACAGUCUGGUCUGUAUGAGACGGUGGGCAUGCUAAUCCUCUCCUAUUUUAUCAUCGGUAUGACUGUGCUGUCAGUCUGUGCCAUAUCAACCAAUGGAGCUCUGGACGCUGGUGGAGCCUACUACAUGAUCAGCAGGGCUCUGGGACCUGAGUUUGGUGGCAGUAUUGGUAUCAUGUUCUUUUUGGCUAAUGUCUGUGGAAGUGCUCUUUACAUUCUUGGUCUGGUAGAGACCCUCGUGGCGCUGUUUGGGAUCUCAGCAGGAGAAGUUGGAAAAAGUGGACUCCAUGUGUUGCCACAGAGCUAUUGGUAUGAGUUCCUUUAUGGCACUGUUCUACUAUUCCUGUGCCUCUUGGUUUGCCUGGUUGGAGCCAGUAUAUAUGCUAAGGCCACCUUUCUCAUUUUCAUCAUCGUCAUGGUGGUUCUGAUCACCGUCUUUAUCAGCUUCUUUGCUGUAAAAGAGAAAGUUGUUUCCAUUGUUACUACUGAUUCUAAUGGUACCCAUUACCUCAACGGAACAUUUACUGGCUUCAAGCUGUCCACUCUCAAGGACAACGUAUAUCCACAGUAUGCCAGGGACUACACUACAGGAAGAAUAAUGAGCUUUACCACAGUCUUUGCCGUCAUGUUCAAUGGUUGCACUGGGAUUAUGGCAGGAUCAAACAUGUCAGGGGAUUUGAAGAACCCAAGCUACUCUAUACCCAGAGGAACAAUAACAGCCGUGAUCUUUACCUACAUAAUCUACAAUGUGCUAGCCCUAGUCAUCAGCUGUACAUGUGACAGGACUCUGCUGCAGAAUGAUUACAGCUUCUUACGAGAUAUUAAUGUCUGGCCUCCUCUUGUCACUAUUGGAAUUUGCUGCUCAACUCUUUCAGCUUCCAUGAGUAACUUGAUAGGAGCCUCCCGUAUUCUGUAUGCAAUGGCAAAGGAUGAGCUGUUUGGAAAACUGUUAUUACCAGCAAAGAAAACCUCGAAGGGUGGUAACCCAUGGAUGUCUGUCAUCAUGUCCUGGUUUUUGGUACAGCUGGUGUUGUUUGCUGGGAAGUUAAACACCAUUGCAGCAAUUGUGACAAUUUUCUUCUUGCUGGUGUAUACUGCUGUGGGCCUUGCCUGUCUGGCGCUGGAAUGGGCAUCCGCACCAAAUUUCAGGCCAACAUUUCGCUACUUCACUUGGUACACUUGUAUCCUCGGGAUUCUGGGUUGUGUGACCAUGAUAUUCCUUAUAAAUGCCAUCUAUGCAUCUGCCAGCAUUGUGUUCAUGUUGAUCCUGCUCCUGUGUCUACACUACUUAUCUCCCAGUCAUAGUUGGGGAUUUAUAUCUCAAGCGCUCAUCUUCCAUCAGGUCAGAAAGUACUUGCUCAAGCUAGACGUACGUAAGGAUCACGUAAAGUUUUGGCGUCCUCAGAUUCUCUUACUAGUUUCCAAUCCACGCAGCCACAACAACCUGAUCACUUUUGCAAACGAUCUGAAGAAAAGUGGACUUUUCGUUCUGGGACAUGUGAGUUUAGAAGAGUUGGAUGUGCUCCCUUCUGACCCUCUUCAGACCCAAACAGACCUCUGGCUACAGCUAGUUGAUGAGCUCAACAUCAAGGCGUUUGUCAAUCUGACAUUAUCAGACUCUGUGAGAUACGGGGCUCAGCAGUUGCUCUUUAUUUCCGGAUUAGGUGGAAUGAGGCCAAACACUGUUAUCAUGGGGUUUUAUACCCGCUCUUCAUCAGAAGAGCUUCUAAGGGAUGAACUUGAAGUGGACCAAGGUAGAUCGCCUCCAUUUAAGCAAACCUCAGCUGGGAGGAAGCAGACAACUGAAAAUUUCUCACCCUGGGAAUAUGUUGCCAUUAUAUCAGAUUCUAUUAAGAUGUCCAAAAAUGUUGUGCUAGCAAGGUAUUUCUCAGAGUUUGACAGGACCCGUGUCUGCAGCCUGAAGGGUAAAGAGACAUAUAUAGAUGUGUGGCCAUUAAAUCUUCUGCGACCAGACAGUGCCACUUAUGUGAACACCUGCAGUUUAUUUCUUCUUCAGAUGGCUUGUGUACUAAAUAUGGUAAGAUCUUGGAAAAAAGCCAAGCUGCGUUUGUAUCUCUGUGUAGAGAGUGACAGUGGUCUGCAUGGCCAGGAAAUUAAACUGAAGCAGCUACUUAAGGAUCUUCGCAUCAAAGCCUCCAUCCAUACAGUUGUGUGGGACCCGGUUGUUGCUCUUCACUGGCAUAAGCAGGUGGUAGAAAACUCAGAAACUGCAGCAGAGUCUUACCUGAACUUCCCAAACAAUUCAAUAAGGGUAUCCAGUGACUAUUUGGAAGCUGUUAAUCAGAUGAUUCUGGGACAGAACUCCAACCUUCCUCCAGCUGUUAGAUUCUUGUAUCUUCCUCGUCCACCUGCAGACACAUCUGUCUACAACAGGUUCCUGUACCAGGUAGAGAUGAUGAGCAGAAAUUUGGGACCAACUUUGCUUAUUCAUGGGGUCACUCCUGUUACAAGCACUGAGCUCUAAUGUAUCUGUAAACUUGACCUGAACUUGUCUGUGCUCCUAAAAAAUGGGCAUUUACUUAGCAGAGAAAAUUUAAGGUGACCUCACUUUAAUACACACUUUGUGAACCGCAGUUGUUCUCAUACAUAUUUUAUUCUGCUGCCAUUUGUUUUGAUAAUUGAUAUGAUUGAUAAUUGUUUCCUCUUGCUUAGAUAAAACAUGAGCUUUGCAUUUUUGCCAAAUAAAGAUUACCAAU